AUGGGGGUGUUGUCGCGGCCGGAGGAGGUGCCGGCGUUGCUCAGGCUCAAGCUGGCGGCGGGGCGGAUCAGGCGCCAGAUCCCGCCCCAGGAGCACUGGGCCUUCGCCUACCACAUGCUCCAGCGCGUCUCCCGCAGCUUCGCGCUCGUCAUCCAGCAGCUCGGACCAGACCUUCGCAAUGCCGUCUGCGUCUUCUACCUCGUGCUCCGGGCCCUGGACACCGUCGGUCAGCACCCUUAUUACCCCUGCUACUGCUCACUUAUAACUGCAGAGGACGACACUGCCAUCCCUAACGAGGUCAAGCUGCCCAUCCUUCGGGACUUCUACCGCCACAUCUACAACCCAGACUGGCUCUUUUCAUGUGGAGCAAACGACUACAGAGUGCUCAUGGACAAUUUUAGGCAAGUCUCCACGGCUUUCUUGGAGCUAGGCGAAGGGUACACUGGAAUACCUGUCGGCAUGCCCUCGAUACGUUCAGAGUUUAGCACUGAGACUCGAACACCGCAAGUUUGCCACUGA